AUGGAUUCUCGGAUUUUUCCACUUCUCUCUCCCAUAGACCUGGAGGGACUUUCUUACCGCGGUUUUAUUACAGUGAGGGGACAGGAGCUGCCUUUUCAAAUUCAGCUUGAAAACCCUAACUCAAAGACAUUGAAAAAUGCAAAACUUUACGGAUGUCCCGAACUGAAAAGGCUCAUACAUGGUCAUGAGAACGCUCUGCGACAACGGAUCGAACAAUGUACCAACUUUUCAGAGUUUUUUUUGGAUCUUAAAGAUUUACUGGAGCUGAUAAUGACUAAGGAAAAACCUGAGCCCAUGCCGACAGGGAAGUAUUAUUCAAGCUUGUUGUCGGAAAUUAAUUCGAUUGGAUGGGACAAAUUGGAGACGCUUGAUCCGUCUUUGAAAAACUUCUUUCUAAAGCUAAGCGAUUCAUCAGGCCGAAAACAUAGCGUCUUCAUCUCGUUGCCAUUUUCAUAUCCUCAUUCCCCACUUGAUGCGCAUGCUGACCUUCCAUCAACUUCGAAGGCACAAAUUCUUGCAACCAGCCUUAAAGAUGUGAUAAAUUACUACUCUAAGGAAUUUGAAAAAUUUCAAGAAGUUUGGUCUAUGCUUGAUGAUAUUGAUGCAAAUACUUCGGUGUUGGAACCCGAUAGACCGAAACGAAGCGAUCUGAUGCGCAGAAUUGCGCUUGGUAACUAUUGUUCUUUACAAAUAGAAAUUAACACGGAACAUCCACGGGAAGAAUGUCAGUACAAAUUGUUUGGCACAGAGAGUUUAAUUGAGUCAUUUCACCUCAAGAUAGAAAAAAACUGGAAUAAUUGGGACACAACGCUCACGGUUAGGCAAAACCUCGAAAAAGUAUUUGAAAUGACAUUUCCUUCACCUCAAGUUUCUUCAUCCUCGGAUGUUAACUUUGACUGUGGAAUUUGUUAUUCAUACCGCUUUGAGGAUUCUAUACCAGAUCGAUCGUGCAGUAAUAGUAAAUGUGGAAAACCAUUUCAUAGAAUAUGCCUAUAUGAGUGGCUUCAAGCUAUUCCUUCAACUAAAAAGAAUUUUCAAACACUUAUUGGAAACUGUCCAUAUUGUAAUGAAACUAUUACCGUUAUUAGAGAACACUAA